CCUCCCCUCCCCCUCUCUCUUUCCCCUCCCCCUCUUCGUCUCCCCCACCCCAAAAUCAAGCUUUUUUCCGCCCUAAUUUCGAAUCAAAUCAAGGGGAAUUAGGGUUUUCAACUUGAUUUUGAUCCGUUCGGAGGAGGCAUUUGGGGAAUUUGGGGAAUUUGGGGAUCUUUUUUCUCCUUUUGUGUGUGUGCGUGUGUGUGUGUGUGUGUGGGUGGGUGGAUAGGUGGGUUUGGAUUUAUGGGGGUGUCGACGGACAACCUCCGGGGGCUGGUGUUGGCUCUUUCGUCGAGCGUCUUCAUCGGCUCGAGCUUCAUCGUGAAGAAGAAGGGGCUCAAGAGAGCCGGGGCUUCCGGCGUCAGAGCAGGGUCAGGAGGGUUCUCAUACUUGCUAGAGCCUUUGUGGUGGGCUGGAAUGAUUACCAUGAUAGUCGGUGAAAUCGCUAACUUUGCUGCUUAUGCAUUCGCCCCAGCAAUACUUGUAACUCCUUUGGGUGCACUCAGUAUUAUUGUUAGUGCAGUGCUUGCACAUUUUAUUUUAAAGGAGAAGUUACACAUAUUCGGUGUGCUUGGGUGCGUUCUUUGUGUGGUGGGUUCAACGAGUAUCGUUUUGCAUGCCCCUAGAGAGAAGGAUAUUGAAUCAGUUAAGCAAGUAUGGUAUCUCGCAACUGAACCAGGUUUCAUUGCUUACUCUUGUGUAGUAGUCUUCUUGGUUCUUUUCCUUAUAGUGCAAUUAGUUCCACGUUACGGUCAAAGCCAUAUGAUUGUAUAUGUUGGAAUCUGCUCUCUCGUUGGUUCCCUUACGGUUAUGAGCGUGAAAGCUUUAGCUAUUGCCUUAAAGCUAACUUAUUCUGGAAUGAAUCAGUUCAUAUAUGCUCAGACUUGGUUUUUCACAUUUGUCGUUCUCACCUGUUGCCUCAUGCAAAUGAACUAUCUGAACAAGGCACUGGACACCUUCAAUACUGCUGUCGUAUCUCCGGUUUACUAUGUGAUGUUCACUUCUCUCACAAUUUUUGCUAGCAUGAUUAUGUUUAAGGACUGGGACUCGCAAAACGCGUCGCAAAUAGUAACCGAGCUGUGCGGAUUCAUCACUAUCCUUUCCGGAACUUUCCUCCUACAUAAAACCAUGGACAUGGGUCAGAGCACACCCAAAGAGGCCACCACAGCAGCUCAGAGCAACUCAUAGGAAUUACAAGAACAGCGAAAAAGAAGAACAUAAAUUCUCACAUUCUUUCAUUCUUUGAUCAAGCUUCUAUCUUUUCAAUGCACAGUUGAAUUCAAUUAUUAACUCAAACAUGCGAACGUCUUCGUGGCUUUUUGUUAUAUCAUUCUAAGGUAAAAACGAAGCAGGAUCAAAGCGCGUGUCGUCCUGCAUGAGCAAAGUGAACAGCUUACAUUGGAGCUGUGAGCAGUGAUUCUUCUUUUGGAAGUUCCAAAGUAGAGCAGUCACAUUUUUGAAAUUUGAGUUUGAUUUAUGAAUCCACAUGAUGUAAAUUUUUGUUUGUAUGUUGGUUAUGGGCUAUUCAAGGUUACUUCUGUUUUUGGAGGUGAUGUAGAAAUGAAUAAGGGGUUUUUUCUUUGUCU